AUGGAUAACCAGAGCACCUUCUCAUCCAAUUCAUCACUUAUCCAGACUAAUAUCCAGACGGAUAUCCAGACACUCUACCUAGACCCGCGACUCCUUGAUGCCUUCCUGUUGUUUAAUUUAUUCGUCAGCGGAACUGCGGGGUUUAUGGGUAUUAUCGGCAACGUCAUCAACAUCAUCGUCUUCUACAAGCUGGGCUACAGCGACAGCGUCAACAUCGCGCUGACCGCUCUUGCCAUCAGCGACAUAGGGGCGCUAGUCACCUUACAGGUGUUCAACGUGCUGGCCGCCCCGUGGUUCCUGAUGCUGGACCUUGGCUUCAACGUUAGGGACAUGGUGCUGCUGGUCGCCUUCUACCCACACAACUACUUCAUCCGUGUCUGCGGGUUCAUUACAGCCUACGCCUCUCUUGAACGCUGCAUCUGCGUUGUCAGUCCUUUGAGGGUUAAACAAAUUUUAACCAACAAAACCGCGGUUGUGACGAUUAUUUUAAUAUUUAUUCUUACAACUUUUGAUUUAUUUCCUCUGUAUUACACAAUAUACCUUGAUUGGAGUUUGGCGCCGUCUACCAAUAAAACAAUACUACACAUCGCGUUCCGUCAGUUUUCGCACUCAGUGUUCAACAUCUCGUACUACAUCAACGACGUGACGGCGCCGUUCAUCACCUUCUCCGUCAUCAUCACCAGCACCAGUAUCAUCGCCGUCCGGCUGAAGAGCCAGGCAAGAUGGCGGCAGUCCAUGAACGCGGUCAAGUCGGAGGGCGGGAUCUCCAGCCGGGAGAGGAAGGUGGUCGUCAUGCUGUGUACCAUCUCCAUUAUGUUCGUCAUCUGCCUCAUCCCCCAGUCCACCAUCCUGACUGCCGUCAGCUUUGUGCCAGUGUUGAGCUACGGACAAAAGUACUUUGACAUCGCUCUGAUGGGAUACUGCGUGUCUUAUUUCUCUGAGACUACGUUAUCCAGCGCCAACAUUCUCAUCUACCUCAAGAUGAGCCAGAAGUAUAGGGAACAGUUCUCUAUUUUGUUUAGGGGAAAGUAG